AUGUUUGCUUAUAACAGAUCACCUAUUUGCUCUCCCCACUUCAAUCGGCCGGCGCAGCACGUGCCCCUCACCUUAGCUAUAAAAGCGCCGGGACGAAAUUUCUGGGCCCCAAUUUCGGAGACCAUGUUGAGUUUUGUGACCUGUCUUGUUCUUGGCCUACUCGUGGCAUGGGGUGAGGCCCAGCGGGGGUCGGGGUCGAGGUACAACGCCUGGGCGGCCGGGACAGUGAAUUGUUCCUGUACUAAGGACAUCAACGCGUUAAAACGAGAGCUCCUACAUGAGAUCCACAACAGGCAGGAGCUGAAAGGAGCCUUGGAAACGUACGUAACGGAACUCUACGAGUUGAGAACGAUGGUCAGGCAUCUGAAAAAUGACACGAGAGCUGCUAACGCAGUGGCAGCCAAGAGUCAACUCCCCGAAAUCGCCUUCUCGACAAAACUGAGCUACAACCGAGAACUGCAGCCCCUCGACACCGUCCUCUUCGACACCACCAUCACCAACAACGGCGAGGGCUACAACGCGGAGACGGGGAAAUUCACAGCGCCUCUGUCCGGCACCUACUACUUCUUCGCCACAAUCCUCUCCGGUUACAACACGAAAGUGGAAACGGCGCUCAUACUCAACGACAAGGAAGUUGCUCGGAUGUACUCCGGUGCGCAUGACGCGCACGGAUCCGGAAGUAAUUCGGCCAUUGUGAACCUGCGCAGUGGAGACAGUGUCUGGAUUCGGCUGUUGUAUCAGGGUGGCACCCACGUGCACGGGUUUUACAGCACGUUUUCGGGGUUCAUUGUCAACGAGAGAGACCCUUAAACAUUUCAUAUGUUAACUGAUUUGAACACUUAAAUACUUGUGCCAUCACACACCCAAUAAUGCGAGGUGAAGACAGAAUAGUCGUGUAAAUAAAAUGCGCAUUAUUUGGACAGUCAUUAGCUAAGCGUAUAUCAAUAUUUAAAAUGAAAAGUAACAAUUCAGAUAUAUGUAUCAGAGUUUUAUGUUACUGUUUUCUUUAAAAUAAGGUAUUUAAAAUAUUACACGAUAUUAAUCUAAUAUUUAUACACAUGGACGUCUGCUCGUAGGUAGGAACAUAAGGCUGUUUGUAAAGUGGCGUGGGGUCUAAAGGUAUUGAUACUAUAGUUUAAUAUAACCUAAAUUUAAUCAAGUAAUUUUAAAGCAUCAAGUUCCUUGUGUUAUGUUCAUCGUGCAGCAUGGCAAUAAGCCUCCAUUAAGCUUAUAUGCUAAAUCCCUGGGGUGGGAAAUGGAUUUAUAUGGUAGUAGCUGAUCCAGGGAGGGGUGUCCAGGCGUCCGGAACUCUUUUUGAAAACCGACCAUAACCUUUAAGGGGAAACGUGAUUAUAUUAACUGUUCUGUGUAAAAGGAGAGAUCAGUCAUUACAUUUGGACCACCCACCCCUUUCAGAAAUCCAGCAUCCGCGCCUGUAUUAUCAGUGGUAGAGUGUGCAUUAAGUCUUGAUGUGCAAAGUGUCACUGAAUCGGUCCCAUAAGUAGGCCCAAAUUAUUUUCCCUGUCCCACGGUUUAUUAACGGCUGUGGUAAUGCCAUCCUGUCUGUAGGAAGCGAAAAUUCAUUUGCUAUUGAUUUAUCAUCGGCAAUGGUAGCCUAGGAAGCGGUUGCAGAUGUUUACUAAGUAUUCUUAUUGUCUAGACCAAGUUUCAUAACUACCAUAUGUAUGCUAAACAUCUACUACAAACCGUAGAUUUACUUUAGAAUGUGAUUAGUAUCGUCAAACAAGAUUUCUAUAUUCUCCCAUCCCAUAAAAACUCCGAGCAGACGCCCAAGUUUGUAUAAAACAAAGGCAAUAUUUCAACAUCAAUGUUUAUAUCAAAACGUGAAUCAAAACGUAUCAAAAUUGUAUUUUCAUAACAAUGAAUCCAAGAUCUAGUCCUAUUUCGUCUUUAUUUUAAACUAGAUGGAACUAUUUCUUACUUGUAUAUUUAUAUACUUCAAAUUGUAUAGUACAGAGUUUGGAGAUGGCACCUACUGUCAAAUGUAUAUGUGUUCUGGUAGAAAACGAGUAGUGUUUUAUACUUUUAUAUUGUGCAUUAUUUUACUAGUCAAAGAGAAUGUAUGUAUAUAAAGGAUUUGCCAAUGUUGCAUAGACAUAUUUAGGAGAUGUUUCUUGCCCUGUGAAAGUAUGGUGUUUUUGUCUAUGAACAGAGG